AUGCAGUCCGCCUUGGUACGGGCGUCCCUACGGGGACCCCUGGAGCAGCUUCAGCAUUCCCGGCAGCUGACGACUUCUGCUCGCAGUCUGCUGGCCUCGAGCUUUGGUGGCAGCGGCGGGCCUCUACCCUCGUAUUUCCAAAAAUCCCGUCUUCCGGCCAACACGGUUGUGCGCUUUGUGCCCCAGCAGACGGCCUGGAUCGUCGAGCGCAUGGGCAAGUUCAACCGCAUCCUCGAUCCCGGCCUGGCGGUUCUCAUGCCAUUCAUCGACCGUAUCGCCUACGUAAAGAACCUCAAGGAAGUCGCCAUCGAGAUCCCUAGUCAAAGUGCCAUUACUGCCGACAACGUGACGCUUGAAUUGGACGGUGUCCUGUUCACUCGAGUGUUUGACGCCUAUAAAGCCAGCUACGGUGUUGAAGAUGCCGAGUAUGCAAUCUCCCAGCUCGCCCAGACCACAAUGCGAUCCGAAAUCGGCCAGCUGACGCUCGACCACGUGCUCAAGGAGCGCGCCGCCCUCAACACCAACAUCACUGCCGCCAUCAACGACGCCGCCGAGGCUUGGGGUGUGACCUGCCUGCGCUACGAAAUCCGCGACAUUCACGCCCCCGAUGCCGUCGUCGAGGCCAUGCACCGCCAAGUCACGGCCGAGCGCUCGAAGCGCGCCGAAAUUCUCGACUCAGAAGGUCAGCGCCAAAGCGCCAUCAACAUUGCCGAGGGUCGCAAGCAGAGUGUUAUUCUAGCCUCGGAGGCCAUGCGCGCCGAGCGCAUCAACGAAGCCGAUGGUGAGGCCGAGGCCAUUCGGCUCAAGGCACGCGCCACGGCCGAAGGCAUCGAUGCCGUAUCCCAUAGUAUUUUGGAGGGCGCCGAGGGUGCCCAGGGUGCCAUUAGCUUGACAGUGGCUGAGAAGUAUGUCGACGCUUUUGCCAAGCUCGCCAAGGAGAGCACCGCGGUCGUGGUGCCCGGCAACGUCGGCGAUAUUUCCGGCAUGAUUGCCACGGGGCUUAGUGUCUACGGGAAGGUCGGCCAGGCGCAGGCGAAAACUAUGGCAAAGCAGAUUGUGCAGCCUCACGAGUCUAAAGGCUCGAACAGCAGUACAGCGGCCGAGGAACUUUCGGAUGAGCAGGCCGCCAAGAAUCGCAAGGCAGCCAUGAAGGAGAAGGUGCUGGAGGGUUUCAAUGAGACAGCCGCUAAGAGAUAA